GGGCGCCGUGGGGGCCGGGGCUGAGGCGCGGCCGGGGCGGACGGGCGGACGGCCCUGACCCCGUUCGGCCUGAGCUCGUCGCCCGGGACGGCGGGGGAAGGAGGAGGAGAGGCCGGAGCACCGGGCCGGACGGGCGGGCCCGCCGCCGCUGCUGAGGAGAAGAUUGGCGGCUGUGGCGAUGUUCUCCGUGCUGUCGUACGGGCGGCUGGUGGCCCGCGCCGUGCUGGGAGGCCUCUCUCAGACCGACCCCCGGGCUGGCGGGGCCGGCGGCGGCGGCGGCUGUGGCGACUACGGCCUGGUGACCGCCGGCUGCGGCUUCGGAAAGGACUUCCGCAAGGGCCUCCUCAAGAAGGGGGCCUGCUACGGGGACGACGCCUGCUUCGUGGCCCGGCACCGCUCCGCCGAUGUGCUCGGUGUAGCAGAUGGUGUAGGAGGAUGGAGGGAUUAUGGAGUUGACCCGUCUCAAUUCUCAGGAACUUUAAUGCGAACGUGUGAACGUUUGGUAAAAGAAGGACGGUUUGUACCAACUAAUCCUGUUGGAAUUCUCACCACAAGUUACUGUGAGCUGUUGCAGAAUAAAGUACCUUUGCUUGGAAGCAGCACGGCCUGCAUAGUAGUUCUGGAUAGAACAAGUCAUCGUUUACAUACAGCAAAUUUGGGAGACUCUGGAUUUCUGGUAGUUAGGGGAGGAGAAGUAGUACACCGGUCUGAUGAGCAGCAGCAUUACUUCAACACUCCAUUCCAACUCUCAAUAGCUCCUCCCGAAGCAGAGGGAGUCGUCUUAAGUGACAGCCCAGACGCUGCUGAUAGUACGUCUUUUGAUGUCCAGUUAGGAGACAUUAUCCUGACAGCAACAGAUGGACUCUUCGACAAUAUGCCUGAUUACAUGAUACUUCAGGAGCUGAAAAAGUUAAAGAACUCAAAUUAUGAGAGCAUCCAACAGACUGCGAGAAGCAUUGCUGAACAAGCUCAUGAGCUGGCAUACGACCCAAAUUACAUGUCACCUUUUGCACAGUUUGCUUGUGACAACGGAUUGAAUGUGAGAGGAGGAAAACCAGAUGACAUCACUGUCCUUCUUUCCAUAGUAGCUGAAUAUACAGACUAACUCACCAAAAUGUCCACUCUUUUCUUCGUCGUCCCUGAGUUCUUCCCUCCAUGUGUACUGUUCCUGCUGGCAGGACCACAUUUUUCUUUGCCGCUGAUCUCAAUAGCCAGUGAUUUAAGCCUGUUGCCUGUCUUUUUAAAGACCCAAUUGAGACUUCUAGAACCACUAUUGGAUAUACUAGCUCACAUUUGCCAGCAAGAAUUGAUGACAUUCAAGACUUGAAGUUUGUCCUGCAUUACUAAUAAUCCUUUCCAAGGGAGGAACCUUCAGAGCCAUACAGGGCUGCUACAUUUCAGAAAUCACUGGUUGAACUAUCAAAACUGAAUAAUGUUGGUAGAUUAUUGAAAACGAAAUAUAUGUACAAUUGAUUAAAACAAAACACACCCCAAAUCAUAUUCUACUUCAUCUACUAGAAAAGUCCAUUACUCGUUGAAGAAAAUGGUACAAAUAUUCCGUCAUAUGCAUAGUCUUGUUAAGAUAAAAGGGUGUAUGUGUUUUUCUAUUAUAAGCUUCAAUUUUUCAGAGGCUUAUAAUUGUGCUGUAAAAAUAGCUCUGGGUUUACCUUAAGAUAUUGAAGUGUUGAACCCAAGAGCCCUUUUUUUUAUUCCAAAAUGAGCAGAAAUGAUCAGUUUAUGUUCUAAGGGUGCAAAUGUUUUGUGCUUUUAAAAAAUAUGCUUGUGUUCCUGUGGCUAAGAUUUUGGCAGAUCACUAGUCCAUUCCAUGGGCUAGUGGAACUGAUUUCUUGGAAUGUGCAGUGAGGGGAAAGAGAGACGGUUUUUAAAGAAUAAUUGAGAAAUGAUAAUAUGGUUGUGACAACUCCCCAAAGCCUGGAGAUUUGAGGUUGUAGCUUAAAAAAGGGAAAAAAAAAUGAUUCAGCCUGCUUGAUUAUAUUACAGAGAAGAGGGAUGAAGGGAGAGAGAAAUAUAAUGAUAUAAAAACUCGUGAACUUUGUACCACACACAAGAUGGGUAAAGAACAGACAGCUGUAACUUUGAAUUUCCUUGGCUUUCAAUUGACACGAUAGCCUCCAUAUUAAUGCGACUCGUAUUUUUAGUAAAAUAUGCUGCAGCAUCAUUCAGUUUAAACCCGACCUGACUUUAUCGGAAAAAGAGAGUACUUCUCUUUGUGCUGUGGCAGCAACACUAUAUCUGCAAGUGGAAAAAUUAGUAAUAUUUGCAGGUGGUGUAAAUGACAUAUAAGGAUUACUGAAUCAAGCUUAAUAAUGUUUACAAUUAUCCAAUAGCCAUUUUACAAUCUACCAUUUUCUUAAAUUACCUGAAAUCGAGUUCCCCAUUAUCAUGGCGUGCUCCUUUAUUUUUAAGGCUCAUGUAUAAGGUGACUGCUGUAAAGAUAUAUAUUUUUGGUCCGUUUUGCCCCCGUUAACUUCUUGGUGGUAGAAAAAUAUAUUAUUCUUAGAAAUACUUAAAUUAAAGCCAUGUUUUAUAUAUGUCAAAUAACAUUGCUCUUUAGAUGAGGAUGCUGAUUAGUAAGCAUUGACUUUAGGAGGAUAUAGAAAGUCUUUCUCUCCAAACUAAGAUCUUACUACCUGGUUUGUUGUAGUAAAACUACUAUGUCUGAGGUUACCUCAACCUGUUUUAGAAGAUUUUUUUUUUUUUGGUGGAAUUGUACUGUAUAUUUGCAUAACUGUAUGUCAAAGCUUUUGUUUUAUUUAAAAAUCAUUUAACAUGUACCAUGUACAUGUCAUUACUAUAUUUCAAUGCAUCAUGCUUGUAACAGGCAUUUCAUUUAUGAUGAGAAUGAGUUAUUCAUUUGUAAACAGUUCAGUAAUUUAUCUACUAUUCCUAAAUUGGCAUAAUUUUAGUUAUAUAUUUUGAAUCACCUUUAAUUACGUGUCAGAAGGCCUUAACUACCUUAACUUGACAAAAAUAGAAUUCUUUGGUAAGGAUGUUGGGAGUGGGAGAGCGAAAUCAUGUUAGUGUGAUUAAAACAUUGAACAGCGAGUGACAUGUGGUGGAUAAUUAUUUUGCACAGCAUAUUUGCAGACUCGGGGUAAUAAUUGUAAAAGUAAAUUAAGUUGCAUCCAGGUGGAGUUUUGGAAGGAAUUUAAAUGUAUUCCUAUAUAAAUAUAUAUAUAUAUAUAUGUGUGUGUGUGUGUGUGUGUGUGUGUGUAUACUCCAAGAUGACACCACUGACCGUGAAUUUCUUGUAUGGGUGCAUGAGGAAGGAAUAUAUUCCUCCUUAGGCAUAUGACUUCAUUUCUUUUGGUUUGGUUUUUGUUAAAAUGGUAUUCUGAAAAAUAUUUAACCUCAAUCUGGGUACUCUCAGCAUGAAUUUCCCAAUGCCUACAGUUUCCAUUUUUAAUGAGAACAGAGGUAGUAAGUCAUUGGUUUCCCUCUCUUCUCAUCUAACCCCGGCACAAUCUGUCCAGACCUAUACUGAGAUUUAGGCAGAUGACUUAAUCACAUUAAAGUCUUUCUCGAACAAUGGCUGUUGCAAAAUGGAAAAACAAAUCCCCUUUUAUUUUGGUUCCAGAAAAGGAAGGAGCAGAAAGAUUGUAACGUGCAGUUGUCCUGAGACUUCACCUGUAGACACAAAUCGUUUCGUCACCGUAGUCCUUCACCGGCCUUUCCUAUUUCCCGUACUAUGUUUUGUAACUGAUAUGUCAUAUAGGGGGCUGUGGAUCCAUUCAGCGUACUGAACAAGUGCUUUUCCCCCAUUUUGCUCAGUUGUCGCAUACUUUGGUCGCCCCUCCUUAAUCCAGAGUUUUGGAAUCCUAAAUAGUGAAGUGGGAGCCUCCGUGCUGGGGGCUGAGCCGUUCCACCUUUGGGGCCACCUGACUCUAACCCUAUUGUUUGUGUUAAUGAUGUUUGAAACCAAGCAGGAUAAAUAAAGCCAUUUGCCUCCCGUGAUGGAUUUUUUUAUAACAAGUAAGAAAUUGGGAUUUUUAAUUUACGAAUGGCAAAUUAUCGCUCACCGGAUGCACCAAAGACCAGUAAAGUUUAUAGCUUUUUCCAUCUAUAUUUAUAAAGCAAUACUGUAUUAUAAAGAAGUAAUAUUUUUUAUCAUAUGCUUGAGAAUUUUAUGUUGUUCUGUUUGAUGAUGUGCACUCUAAACAUAUCAGAACCUUAUUUCUUCCUAUGAACUUAAGCUGCCUGCGCACAGAAAAAAAUAAUUGAAUGGAGGUAGUGGAGUCUGUAUACUUAGGAAAAGAAGAUUGAGCAACGAUUGAGGAAAGAAACAGUAAUUUGCCCUGGGCUAGAGAAAUUAAUGACAUGACGGGCUCUAAUUUACCAAGAAUCUAUUCCAGGUAUAUUUGUUUUGGAGUUGAGCUUGUGUGGAUUUCAGCUGAGCUUUACUUGCCAGAGAGAUUUUUGCUCUUUGCAGUAAUUGCUCUGGGGGGGAGAUGAAAUAACAUUAAUGCCCUAGCUAUUACACCAAGUAAUAAGACCACCGUUGUGGGAAUUUGCAGAGGAAUAUCUGAGAGAACCUGAAUUUAAGUAAGUAAGGCUGAGACUGUAUGAAUGUCUACUUGUGGAUAAGUUCAUGGUUCCUUGUUACCAUCUUACUAGCUAUAAUUGACAGAGUUGCAGCAUCCCGAUUCCCUGAAAAAAAAUGUAUGUCACUGUUAAAUAUAUGAAAAGGGAUUUAAAACGUCAAAAUCACAAAUGGCAAAAUUCAAUACUGGACUGAUGUGUUAAAAAACUAAAGUGGGAUAAGAAAAUUUAACAAGGUGAUUUGAAUUACAAUCAUAAAACACAUCAGUAAAUUCUCAACUGAAUCAGCCGUGACCAAAUAGAAAACUAAAAUUGUUAGGUAAUUUGUGGCAAAAACAGCUGAAACGAUGAAGCAAACAUAAGUGUAAACUAAAAAGGAUGCUUUUUUGUGACUGUUGUUACUUGUCUUACCUAAGCGGUAAAUUAUUCGAAUUGGAUGUCUGAAAAAUAACUUAUGCAGGAAUAGUUCUGUAAAUACAUUUAAAUAAACUGUAAAGCUAUUUAAUAAAAUAGUAUUUAUACUAAA